AGCACAGUCCGGAAGUGUCGCUCAGGUCAGUGCUAAAAAAAACUUCCGCCUUAAGUUGUAAAGAAAACAGUCCGCUAAAGGCUCCGCAGCGCAACUAGCCUUUCGGAGGAGCCAGAGCAAAGGCGCAUCGGUGUGGAGACGGGUGCUCCUCUGUCCGUGGGUGUCCGUGGGAGAUCCGUGGGUGUGUGAGUGGGUGAGUGUAUGUGUGUGUGAGUGAGAGAGCCGCUGCACUUUCCUCUGGACCUUUUCUACACGGACUGCUUCUCUGCUGACGAUGACAAUGGAGGAGAUGAAGAAUGAAGCGGAGACUAACUCCAUGGUAUCCAUGACACUGUAUGCUGUGAUGUACCCAGUCUUUAACGAGCUGGAGAGGAUUAACCUGUCAGCAGCACAGACACUCAGAGCAGCCUUCAUAAAGGCCGAGAGGGAAAACCCCGGUCUGACUCAGGACAUUAUAAUGAAGAUCCUGGAAAAAAAGAAUGUGCAAAUUAACUUCACGGAGUCUCUACUGCGCAUGGCAGCGGACGAUGUGGAAGAGUUCAUGAUCGAGCGGCCGGAGCAGGAGUUUCAGGACCUGAACGAGAAGGCCCGCGCUCUCAAACACAUCCUCAGCAAAAUCCCCGACGAGAUCAACGACAGAGUACGCUUCCUACAGACCAUCAAAGACAUUGCCAGCGCCAUAAAAGAGUUACUGGACACAGUCAACAACGUCAUUAAGAAAUACCAGUACCAGAAUCGCAGAGCCCUUGAGCACCAGAAAAAAGAGUUUGUCAAGUACUCCAAAAGUUUCAGUGACACCCUCAAAACAUACUUCAAAGACGGAAAGGCGAUAAACGUUUUCAUCAGCGCGAACCGGCUCAUCCACCAAACCAACCUCAUACUGCAGACCUUCAAAACUGUUGCCUAGCCCCGAGAGCAGCCCGCCCACCCCGGGUCCUCCGCCGGGUCCCCUGCGCGGUGGGGCGAGCCUGGAGAGAGCAAGAGAGAGAGAGAGAGAGAAAGAAAGAGAAAGAGAGAGAGAGAGCGCGCCUGACCCGUAUAUGUACAUUAGAAAGAGUUGUUUUUAGGGUUGGGGUGGAGUCGAGAUUGUAGAUCGCAGUUCACGAGACUGAAAAGUGCCAUUUGUUAUUUCAAUGAGGAUUUUCCAGUCUUGAAACGGAACUGAACAGGCCCAAAGUCUGGUUAAUUGAUUUUAUUUGGACAGUUUUAAUUUAUAAUCUGGUUGGGAGUAGGUGAAGCGAGGUGUUUAUUAAAGACUAAUUGCCAUUUUUUUCUAAUAUAUUCAUGUUGAUCAUUUUACCUUUAGCUUCGAUCAUGGUUUCACACCUUAUGUUGACAAGAGGUGCAUUGUAUCAGUUUUGUUUUUUUUUUCUUGCCGCCUCUUGCUCGCUUACUUUGGCGCACCACAGGAAUCAUUGGAAAAACACACCUCCGAAAUGCUGAGAUAUUCCCACGGCUGUGAAGAGCACGCACAGACGGACUUUUUUGACCAAGCUCUCAUUCUUCUCUCUUUGUUUAUCAAAAGACACAAAAGCCAAAUGACUUCCAGCACCCACGGCGUGCGCCUUACCAAGUCCUGUAACAUUCCCUCCUCAGAGUGUGAUGAAGUGAAGCCAGUCCCUGCAGAGGGCGCUGUAGGGAGGUAGAGACAGUCCAACCUUCUGUAUUUAACUGUUACCUGGUUGCAAAUGUUCAAUAAAUAGUUUCCAAAAA